AUGACCAGAGAGGAGGAGCAGCUGCACUCGGAUCUGGAGAUUGUGAAGAAGGAGCUGUUCCGGUCCGAGCAGCUGGUGGUCAAGCUGCGGGAGCACGCAAUUCGCGACCGCGAGAAAAUAGCCACGUGCACCGACGAAAUCAACGAGCUGAAGAAGUCCAUCGAUCACCUGAACUUGGCAUCAGCCGACAAGGACACGCAGCUGAAUCAGGUGAGCAUCCAGCUGCACGCGAAGGAGGAGCACAUGGGCCAUCUGUAUGAGAAGCUGAAUCGCCAGGCGGAGAAGAUCCGCUUCAUGGAGGAGUAUGCAAAAAUUAGCUCCGACGACAAUGCACGCCUCCUGCAAAUUCGGAACAAGCAGCACGAGAAGAACAUCCAACUGGACUGGGAGAUCUCUCAGCUGAAAGACAACGUCAAGGAACUCAACGACUACAUUGUCCGCAACAGGCAGCAGGCUGCCAAAGUUCUCGGCUUCGAGGUCGGCAACUACUCCUUGUGCCAGGAAUAUCAGAAUUCGCAGCCACUGACGCAGCCGCAGGGCAACUUGGAGUCCCCCGUAGCAUACCUCGAGCCACUGAAUGGCCAUUUUGUCCAGCAGCAGCAGCAGCACUCCAAUUUGGGCAGCCAUCAGCCACAGCAGCGCCAUCAGUAA